CAGACUUCUCAGUCUGUAUAAGUAAAAACCGUUCCUCUCUCUCCCUCUUUUCCUUGCUUUGCAACUUGUUGAAGUAAGCGGUUCUACCAUCAGAGUUCAGGAUAUAAAUGGUAUAUAUUGUCAGCUUUUGAGUAGAAUACAAUUGCCCAAUCAUUUAGCAAUGGGCACUGCUAUCAGUACAGCAGCACAUGGUGUUGGAGCUGUUCUUGGAAGUGCUUUUGCAGCACCAUUUAAAAUUGUUUUUGGUGGAUCAUGCGAGGGAAUUUGCUCAGGAACAUGGGAUGUGACUUGUUUCAUUGAGCAUUUAUGCAUAUCUGAUCUGGUGAAAUUAUUGAUGGUUUUUGGCCUUUGCUACAUCACUAUAAUGUUCUUAUACCUCUUGCUCAAGGUGGGGAUCAUUCAGUGCAUAGGAAAAAGUCUCUGCAAGAUGUGUUGGGCUGCAUGUGAGACAUACUGGUUUAUUUUAGAAGACAUUACCUGUUUUCUAUGGCACAAGCUAACCAAUGUUAAGCGGGUAAACCGUCGUCGCCGCCGCCGCUUUCAGGACAUUGAAUUAGGAUCCAGUUCAAGCGGCGAAAGUGAGUCCUUGGACAAUUUUUAUAGUUGGAGUGCUGACAGAAAGCAGAAGCCAGUUAGAAGAAAGAAUCAGUUGCAAAACUCUCUCCAUUUUGCACGGCAGCAUCCAAAAUGCAGAUCUGGUAGUCACCAUCACCACCACCACCACCACCACCACCACGAAAGGUUGAAAACAGGAGCAUCAUUAUCUGUUCGUGUUAAGGGCAGCUCUCAACGUGUCAGGAGCUUGAAAAAGCUGCAAAUACGGAGGGUGCAUAAUCCUCGAAGAAAGAGAGUAACAUUUAAGAGGCGGCUCAGGUGAUCCAGGUAGGUGAGCAGACCAAGCUCGCAGAUAAAGGGGUGUCUGUAGUGCCCUGUCAGAGAGUGAGUACAUUUUUGGGGAGUGUUUUUGUAUAUCCCAGUAUAGUUGAGGGAGUUUUUUUUGAAAAAUAGAUAUAUGUGUAUAUUUUGGGGAACAUGAUAGUACUAUGGUAUUGGUUUUGUAUUGUAUAUAAUGGUUUAUGGUUAUGUUUAUU